CUCGUUCGAUCCCAGUCGAUAGAGACCCGAGCUGCUGGCCAAAGAAUUGCGGACAGGGAUCUCAUCAAUGUUAUGAUUCCUACCAGUGACCUCUCAAGCACCCCUUCCACCCGCCCCAUGACGCCAGAGAGGCCAUUAAGUAGGUCAUCUUCUCCAAUGCCACAUGCAGAACCCCAACCUACUCCAUCACAACGAGGGUGGUUCAGUGGCUGGAUGUUACCAAAAUCUGCCAGUAGAGCUCGCCAGAAGUGGAUGUCAAUCGAGGAAGUGAGGAAGGGGACUGUUAUAGGCACACAUAAUGUCGUGAACACGGACAUAAGUAACGGCUUCAUUGAAUUCAGCGACAUGACGUUGAGGAUACCGGGAAUGCCUUUUACUGUUCAUCUCGGCGAUUAUAUGGUUGGACGUCCGGUGCAGUAUUGCUGCGUAUCCAAAGAUUUAUCGAAGCUUUACUGGUGUGUCAUCUUUACCCUUGUGGACGACGCUAUGGCAGAAAUCCUUGCAAAGAGGGAUUGAACGAUAUAGUACCGCUUCCUUGGCAUGCAUAUUAGUUUCUAUCCUGGUCGCGAGACGUCCUUCGUUUUAAAAUCUAAUCAUAUUGUAACACGGGAUUAAUGCAUCGGCU